AGCUCACCAAAGCCUCAUCCGAAACAGUCUCGAUGGAAGAGGGACUGUCAAGAAGCCGAUUUUAAGGAAGGGAAACAGUCUGAGAAGGCUGAGUCCCUUCUCCCAUGUGUUGAGUGCUCAAAGUUGUGUCCACACAAGUGCAUUUGUUAUGAGCAUGCUGACCUGGUGGACUGCCGCGACUGUGGGUUUGAGCACGUUCCCAGGGGCCUACCGCACGGCACGUGGCUGCUGGAGCUAGGAAGAAACAAUCUGAGUGUGAUAGGCACCCAAGCCUUCACAGGACUGUGGUCCUUGCGGGUGCUGGUGCUCACCAACAACCAGAUAGAGGAAAUCCAACCACAGGCAUUUUUCUCGUUGUCCUUCCUGGAGAAACUGGAUCUUAGUUGGAACAAAUUAAAAACUCUCCCUGUGGACUUCUCAUCCAGUCUGCCUGCUCUCAAAGAACUGCGACUGGAGCACAACAACUUGCAUUAUCUAUCUGGAUACAGCCUGGAGUUUCUGGACAACAUGGAAAAGCUGGACCUGAGUUAUAACAAACUGGUGUCUGUUGGCCCGGGCGUGUUCAGAGGCCUCUCCCGGCUCAGACAACUCUAUCUACAUAACAACAAAUUGACUGUGGUGCAACAAGGGAGCCUGGAUAUGUUGCCUGGACUGGAGGUACUCCAGCUGAGCAACAACAACAUCUCUCAGAUAGAUACUGAUGCCCUGGCACCUCUGUACAGCCUGGCUGUUCUUGAUCUGGAGGGAAACAACCUGCAUAACCUCAAAUUUAAGACCUUCAUCAGCCUUCAUACAACAGCAACACACAUACAGCUGUCAGGGAACCCUUGGAGCUGUGACUGUGAGCUGCAUCGUGUUUUCAGUAAGAUCCUACACGUCCGGCACCUCCAUAUUGAUGACUACCGCAACGUGACAUGCCAGGACCCUCCGCAGCUAAUGGGGGCUUCGUUGGCCUGGGUGGACAGCCAACUCUGCGUGGCUGAGACUGCUACUGUACUCGUCAUCACUGUCACUGUGCUUGUCACCGUGGUGGCUGCUGUGGUGAUGGCGGAAAGGAACAGGAAGAGGAACCGAGGGAAGAACUGGGACACCGAGUCGCAGACCCAAACUCAGAGCCCUCCAUCCUGAGGCAAAAUUUGUGAGACGAUAAGCAGAUGUUUCUGGCUCCUCUAGUUACAAAAAUGCUUUUAGCACAUACUUCCUGACUGCUGCCACAAAUGGAUAGUACUUGAUUUCUUUUUCCUUCCAAAAAAGUGAAAAACAGAGUUGGAAUUAAAACUGAAGAAGAGCUGGAGUAUCUGUUCAAAUUUAAUAUUGCAACUGUGAUCUGCUGCUACCAGUGAACUGCUGUAAAAAUGCGGUUCUUUCGAUAAAUUCUUAAGAACGACCAUUGUCAGCAAUAGGAUUUUUCACAAUAAAAGCCAUACUUUGGUAAAGGCCAAAGGCCAUUACAUAUAAUGUGGAGUUCGAAGAGUAAAAAAAUGUUUGACUUAUAUAAACAGUUGCCGAGGUUUCAUUCACCUGUAGUCUCUUGAAGUCACCACAUCACUGUGAAUCGCUCCCUGUGUGGAUAAAGCUGAAUCAUCUGUUCACACAUAAUCUGACUUCUGUUGUGCUUUCUUUCUUUCCCUUUCACUCAUCUUGUUUCCACCUAUUUUAUAAUACCUACGCUAAUUUGAGCUUUUCUUUAAUCACACGGGAUCACCACAGCAGGCAGCUGUGGUAGACGUUUAAUUUAGCAGAUCUUUACUUCCUUUCUUAUGCAACACCCAAGGGAAGUCUGUUCACUCACAAAACACAUCUUUACAUGUGUGUAACUCGUAAUGUAAAAUAGAAAAUUGCAAAUAAAUUAUUUAAUAUUUAAUAGAAAGCUUCUUGAA